AUGGCCCGUUCCAGAGGAGGAGCUAGAUCUAGACCAGCACCAGCUCAAACGCGCUCUGCGUCUACCAUGGCAGCUCAUCCACCAGCACGUCAACAACAGCAAGCUUCCCAAACCUCUGCAUAUUCACAGCCUCAAACUGGUGCCCAACCUCGUCAACCAGGCCUUUUUGCACAAAUGGCUUCUACCGCCGCCGGUGUAGCCGUCGGAAGCGCUGUGGGUCACACCCUUGGAGCCGGAUUAACCGGGAUGUUCUCUGGCUCAUCCAGCGCCCCAGCUGAACAACAGCAACAACAAAUGGCUGCUGCUCCAGCUCAGCAACAAGGAUUUGCUCAGGAACAAGCCAGAGCUUGUGAUGUGGAUGCCAGAAGCUUCACUCGUUGUUUAGAGGAAAACAGCGGGAACAUGCAAAUUUGUGACUUCUACCUACAGCAGUUGAAGGCAUGUCAAGAAGCUGCUCGUCAAUAUUAA